GCGCACCCUACUUGAAUGACAGACUUAAGUGAAAGUGAAACUUAACAGAUCAACUGGAAGCUUGGACAAUAAGUUUCUGUUCAGAAACUCUAAAAUUAACGAUCAGAUCUGAUAUUCACUCACAGUCAUGUCAUCCUCCAGUGGUCCAUUAAAUGAGGAGCUCCAGUGCUCCAUCUGUCUGGAUGUGUUCACUGAUCCAGUCACCACUCCAUGUGGACACAACUUCUGCAGAACCUGCCUGAACAACUGCUGGACAAACACACAGACCUGCUUCUGUCCAUUCUGUAAAGAAACAUUCAGCAGAAGACCUGAUCUCAAGAUUAAUACAACACUCAGAGAGGUUGUGCAACACUUUAAGAAGCAGCUCAAACGAGGAAUAUCUGAGGUGUUUUGUGACAUCUGUGAUGAAAGAAAGCAGAAAGCUGUGAAGUCCUGCCUGACGUGUCCCAGCUCCUACUGUGAGACUCACCUGGAGCCUCAUCACAGAGUCCCACGUCUAAAGAAACACAAACUGAUCAACGCUGUGGAAAAUCUGGAGGAUUAUAUAUGCCAGAAACAUGAGAGACCUCUGGAGCUGUUCUGCAGAGAUGAUCAGACGUGUGUGUGUCUGUCCUGCACUGAAGGAGACCACAGGAACCACAACACUGUUCCUAUAGAGGAGGAGAGUCAACAGAAGAAGAAUCAGCUGGUUCAGACACAGACAGACGUGCAGCAGAUGAUCCAGAACAGAAUGAAGAAGAUUCAAGAGAUCCAGCACUCAGUAGAGAAGAGAAAGAGGAACACAGAGAAAGAGAAAUCAGCCAGAAAUCAGCUCUUCACUGAUCUGAUCCGCUCCAUUGAGAGAUGUCAGUCUGAGCUGCUGAAGAUGAUGGAGGAACAGCAGAAAGCAGCAGAGAAACAGGCUGAAGAUCUCAUUAAAGAGCUGCAGCAGGAAAUCACUGAUCUGAAGAGGAGAAACACUGAGCUGCAGCAGCUCUCACACACUGAUGAUCAUCUGCACCUCAUACAGAUGUUCUCAUCCCUGUACAGUCGUCCACACACCAAGAACUGGACUGAGAUCAGUAUUGACUCUGAUGUGGAUGUGUAUUCAAUGAAUAAAGCUCUGAUUCAACUGGAGAAAACUCUAGAUGGGAGUCUAAAUAAAAAAAUUGGUCAAACUGGGUUGAAGUGUGUGCAGAAGUUUUCAGUGGAUGUGACUCUGGAUCCUGAUACAGUGAGUUCAUCUCUCAUCCUGUCUGAUGAUGGAAAACAAGUCAGUCAUGGAGACAUUAAGCAGGACGUCCCAGAAAACCCAAAGAGAUUUGAUUUCUGUUCUUGUGUUCUGGCAAAGGAGGGAUUCAAUUCAGGGAGAUUUUACUAUGAGGUGCAGGUGAAGGGAAAGACUGAGUGGACUAUAGGAGUGGCCAGAGAAUCCAUUAACAGGAAGGAGAAGAUCACACUGACUCCAAUGAAUGGAUUCUGGGCUGCGAUUCUGAGGAAUAAGAAUCAAUAUAAAGCUUGUGAAAGUCCACCUGUCUCUUUAUCUCUGAAAGUGAAACCUGAGAUUGUGGGAGUGUUUGUGGAUUAUGAGGAGGGUCUGGUCUCUUUUUAUGAUGUGGGCUCCAGAUCUCAUAUCUACUCUUUCACUGGUCAGACUUUCACUGACAAACUCUAUCCAUAUUUUAGCCCACACCUUAAUGAUAAAGGUAAAAACUCAAACCCACUGAUCAUCACACCUGUUAACAAAAAAACUGCCCUGAAGUAUGAGACAUGAAAUCUGGAAAGAUUAACUAUGUAAGGGCUGUUUAAAAACAUUUUAUAAUAAUAAAAAAUUAAUAUUUGUAAAUGACUUCUUGCAAUCAAUCAGUCAGUUGUCACAGCUACAGACUGGACCAUUUAAAUCCUAAAUGGGAUUUUAAUUUCCACAAAGCUCAUUUCUAUAAAUACAAUAAAUACUGAAAUUUUUA